AGUGUCACGAGACGAGUGUCACUGUCAUUCUUUGUGCUUUGUGUCAGAUUGUUGGAUUUUUAUUGUUUUUUCCUUUUUGCUUUCAUGGAGAAAGGUUAUGUUAUAUUUGUAGGCUGACGUAGAAGAUGAAAUUAAUCUAGGAAUUUCACAAGGAAUGUCUAGAAUUAGAGGAAUUGAAACUCGGGCGCCAAAAGAUGCGCUGCAAACACGUAGUGGAUGUAGCGACAUCGCCAAGAGAGCUGCCUGCAAUGGCGAUCAGUCCUCCAGGUCCAAAGAUGACAUAGAAAGACAGCAGAUAAGUGAUUUACUCUUGAAGCUGCCAAAACUUGAUAAAAUAUUUGAGGUACACCGUAAGAUUGGGGAAGGCACAUUCAGUUCAGUGUACUUGGGUUCCUUGCGUCAGCAUGCCCACUUGGACGAUUCGGAGAAGAGAUGGUUCGCCAUCAAGCACCUGGUACCCACCGCGCAUCCCGCCCGGAUAGAGCACGAGCUGCGGUGUCUGCAAGACAUGGGAGGGAAAGACCAUGUCAUCAAUGUGGAGUUGUGUCUUCGUCAUUUGGACACCAUCGUUUUUAUAAUGCCCUACAUACCUCAUAGAAAGUUUUCCGAGUACGUGGGCGCGAUGGACGCGGCUGAGUUGCAGCGCUACAUGCGCGCGCUGCUGACGGCGCUCCGCCGCGUGCACUCCUUCGGCGUCAUCCACCGCGACGUCAAGCCCAGCAACUUCCUGUACGAGCGGGAGAAGAACAACUACUUCCUGGUGGACUUCGGGCUGGCGCAGCGCAUAUGCACGCGGGAACCCGCCCCUCCCGCGCCGCCGCCCGCGCACUCCAACGGGCUGCGCAAGAGGCCGAGAGAGGACCUGGGGUCGCCGCCGUCGGCCAAGCGCUCGGCGCUGGACCUGUCGCUGCGCGCGCCCGCCGCCCGCCGGACCGCCGACAGCGCCGCCAGCGUGGCCGCCGACAUCGUCGCCAGCGUGGCCGGCGGCGCCGUGGCUCCCACGCACACCGUGCCCAUAGCGAGGGCCACCGCGCCCACCGCUAGGGUCUCCGUGCCGAAGGUGCUGCUGAAGUCGCCGGCGCAGAGCACGGCGGUGGACAUGUGGGCGGCGGGCGUGGUGCUGGCGAGCGCGCUGACGGCGCGGUACCCGUUCUUCCGCGCGCCCGACGACGUGGCCGCGCUGGCCGAGCUGGCCGACCUGCUCGGCACCGACGCGCUGCAGGCCGCCGCCGCCAAGCUGGGUCAGUGUACUCCACACACCGAUUCAAGCAAUGUGUACACACUUUAG